GCGCUACUAUAGUACAUGAACGACCUCACCGCACUCGUCCCCAAUUAUGCCGGUAAUCAUACUGGCUUAGGCUUGAACGCAAGGCUUACUUAUUCCACGCGUACCUCGCGUAUUUCUUGAACGUCUCUUCGAUCUUUCGAGCGCAGUCAGAUCCGUGCACUGCGUACUAUGGCCGCAACUGAAAUCACUCUGGACGGUAGCGUCCUCGAAGGUGGUGGUCAACUGCUUCGAAACGCUGUGGCAUUGUCCACGUUACUCUGCCAGCCCAUAACCAUCCAGAACAUACGCGCCGGUCGAAGCCCACCAGGCCUCAAGGCGCAGCAUGCAGCAGGCCUUCGUCUCGUCGCUGAACUAUGCCAGGGACAGUUAUCGGGAAGCGAUCCUGGUACCACAGAAAUUCACUAUCGACCUGGCCCCGACAUGCAGCUUUCCUUCCCGUGUCUCCUCUUCUCGCCCGGAAGGUCAGCCUCGAACGAGCAUACCGAGCUGGUGCUGUGCGGCGGCACGAAUGCCAUCCAAGCACCCCAGAUUGACUACACCGCCCAUGUCUUCCUGCCCUUCAUGAAACGCCACUUUGGGCUGUCUCCGGACUUGCAAGUGAAGAAACGCGGCUACUAUCCAAAGGGCGGUGGUCGAGUGCGUGUCCUAGUGCCUACUGUACCCGGACCUCUACCCUCUGUGAACCUAAUCAACCGGGGCAAGGUGAUCGCCGUGCGUGGUCGUUCAUAUGUCGCCGGCCUCCCCGCACACUUGGCAGCGUCCAUGCGUAAUGCUGCAAUGGCGAUCCUAAAGCAGGCGGGCAUUCUUCCCGAUGUAAUUGACAUAGAGGCGAUCAGGGAAGAUCCCAGUGACGCUGUGGGAAGCGGAUCUGGUAUCGUGCUUUGGGCUGAGACGGAUGGUGGCUGCGUGCUGGGUGGCAGCGCUGUCGGUGUUAAGGGGAAGAAGCCAGCGAAGGUCGGCGAGGAGGCCGCGGGGGAGCUGGUUCGGAAUUUGGGGUACGAAGGAUGUGUGGACGAACACAUGCAGGAUCAGGUGAUCAUCUUCAUUGCCCUUGCCCAGGGCAGGUCCACCGUGAAGACGGGUCCUCUCACCCUGCACACGAAAACCGCAAUAUGGGUGACGGAACAACUGACGAAGGCGAAGUUCGAGAUACAUGAAGAAUCUGAAAACUCCUUCAUCAUUCGAUGCGAUGGGAUUGGCUACACGAGAUCUGGUAACACACUGUCAAUAGAAUCGUGAUUUGCUGCUGCUCAGCGGGACAAGGUCUGUCAGUGCCGGCACCACUACAUUGAACCCCCUGGUUCAACAAUAUUCGGUCUGCUCGGGUACAAUACAGCCAUGUCUGUCAGAGUCUUUGCGGG